UUUCACGGUGACGUUUUUGCGUGGAAAACGACUGUAAAUCCUGCAACGAUGGCAAUGCAGGCCCAGGUGAUAUAUGACUUCAGUGCUGAACCAGGAAAUAACGAGUUGACAGUCAGAGAAGGAGAGACUGUCACCGUCCUCAAUCAGAAUGUUGGUGGAGGAUGGAUAGAGGCUCAGAACUCCAGAGGAGAAAGUGGGCUGGUGCCAGAAGACUACUUACAGGUUGGUGCGGUGUCAUCCACAACACCAGAGACGGCUACCUAUCCGGAUGCCUACAGCCCCGAGUCCAGCAACAGCACAAACACUCAGGUUGCUAACGGUGACAACCCUUGGUCUGGGGGAGGAGCUUACACCAACAAGACAGCCGGGGGAUGGGACACCCAGGGAUACGCGCAGACUCAACAGAAUGCAGGUGAUGAUGACGAUGAUGGUGAGUGGGAUGAAGAGUGGGAUGAUGCCAGAUCAACAGGGGUUUAUGGAGAAACUACAGGGGAGGAGGAAGGAGAGGCGACAGGCCGCAACACACACACACACAUGAAGAUAUCCCUCAACAAGUUUGCGUUCUCUAAGAUCCCCAACCCAGAGGUGUACCUCCUGGCUAAACUACCACCCAAAGGCAAAGACAGACUGGCCAUCUAUAUGGGAGAUGUGGGGCCAGUGUGGCUGUAUCCCCAGUCUCCUCUUGACUGUGUCGUGGCUGAUCCUAAAAAGGGCUCUAAGAUGUAUGGGCUGAAGAGUUACAUAGAAUAUCAGGUCACACCCAACACGACCAACAGACCUGUCAAUCACAGGUAUAAGCAUUUUGAUUGGCUGUAUGAGCGCCUGUUGGAGAAGUUUGGUUCCGCCAUCCCCAUCCCCUCGCUGCCUGACAAACAAGUCACAGGUCGUUUUGAGGAGGAGUUUAUCAAGAUGAGGAUGGAGAGACUGCAGGGCUGGAUGUGUCGAAUGUGUCGUCAUCCCGUCGUCUCCAACAGUGACGUCUUCCAACUCUUCCUCACAUACAGAGACGAGAAGGAGUGGAAGACCGGGAAGAGGAGAGCAGAGAAGGAUGAGUGUGUUGGACCAAUGGUCUUCUCCACCAUCGACCCUGAAGCUCCUGAGUUAGACAUAAUAGAAGUGGAGCAGAAGUGUGAGUUGUUCAGUAGGUUCACGAAAGAGAUGGAUGAUGGAGUUAAAGACCUGCUGAACGUUGGGAACAUACACUGGAAACGCUGCACAGGCCCUCUGCGUAAGGAGUACCAGAAGAUUGGGAAAGCCUUUCAGAACCUGUCAUCUGUCUUCAACACCAGUGGCUAUACAGGAGAGGCCACACUCACAGAUGCUCUCACAGCUGCAGGGAAAACAUACGAGGAGAUCUCACAGAUCGUAGCUGAGCAGCCCAGAAAAGACCUUCACUUCCUGAUGGAAACCAACAACGAAUACAAAGGGCUGCUAGGCUGCUUCCCUGAUACUAUCGGAGUACACAAGGCGGCUAUAGAGAAGGUGAGGGAAGGGGACAAGAUGGUGGCAGCAGGGAAGAUCACCACACAGGAUAAAGGGACAAUGGCCAAACGCAUCAGCAUCAUGUGCUACUCACUACAAGCUGAGAUGAACCACUUCCAUAGCAACCGUAUCUAUGACUACAACAGAGUCAUGCAGCUCUACCUGGAAGAACAGAUCAGGUUCUAUGAAACGAUUGCUGAGAAGCUGAAGCAAACCCUGGGCCAGUUUACCACCCUGUAAAGGGAAACAAACACACAAACCUUGUUCGUCUCCUUUCUGCUUCGUGGACCAACAACCUUAAACAGGAUGGACUGGUGUCUGGAUGAUGUAGUUGGAAGACAGUAUCACCCUGUGCCUUUUAACUACACAAGGAGUUAAACAUAACGAUGUUAUAUUUUAAUAUCACAAUGCAGAACAAUAUGUUAAAUGUUGUUUCAUAACCCUCUAAUUAUAUCUCUUUUAUUUAUAAUAUAGAUAUAUGAAAUGGUUAUAUUUCCUGUUUAUUUUGGUUGGAUGUUUUCACUUUGUCUUAUUAUUCUUAUUCUGGAUAAUGUGAUUUAGAGAGGGGAUACAGAGGGGAGAGAGAGACAGAGGGGGAGAGAGAGACAGAGGGGAGAGAGAGACAGAGGGGGGAGAGAGAGACAGAGGGG